CGUAUCAUAAAUGUCCUUCACCUUUACGAAAACUGAUGCAAUGUAAAAAUCAGCUGUUGAAAACAGAUGUAAAUACGUAUAUUUGAUCGUGAACUUUAGAAUAAAUUUGUUAUAUUUGGAGAACAUAGUUAAAACAUAAAAAAUGGCGGACGAAGAAAUGUUACCCUUUGACCCUAGCAUGAAAAAGAAGAAGAAGAAAAAGAAGACAGGGUUUGAUCCAGAUGCUGUUGAUGAUGCUCCAGCAGAGGCACCCGCUGAAGAAACAGCUACAGAAGAGAAAGCUAGUGAAGCAGAACAAGUCCAAGAAAAACCAGUGGAUGAAGAACUGUCAUUGGAUUUUGGUGGUUUGAAGAAAAAGAAAAAGAAGAAGAAAAUGGACAUGGAUGAUUUGAAAGAUGCUUUACCUACAGAAGAUACAGAAGAACCAGCUGAUGACGGAGGUGUAGUGGUUGAUACAAGUUCCAAUGAUGCUGAUCUAUCUCUACCAAUGAAGAAGAAGAAAAAGAAGAAAGUUGAUUUUGAUGAAUUUUCUAAGCCGGAGCCAGAUGGUGGUGAGGAAAUCUAUGAUACAACUGACAGUGAUAAGAAAUCAGGAAGUUCAAAGGGCAAGGCUUGGGUAGGGUCUGACCGAGAUUAUUCAUAUGAUGAGUUGCUCACAAGAGUGUUCGAUAUAAUAAAAGAGAAGAAUCCUGAAAUGGUGACGGGUGAGAAAAAGAAAAUUGUCAUGAGACCUCCGCAGGUCCUCAGAGCUGGUGCAAGAAGAACGUCUUUUGCAAACUUUGCUGAAAUAAGUAGAAUGUUACAUAGACAGUCAAAACAUGUGUUAGCCUUUUUAUUAGCUGAAUUGGGUACAAGUGGUUCAGUAGAUGGUAACAAUCAGUUAAUUAUUAGAGGAAGAUUUAACCAGAAACAAAUAGAAAAUGUUUUAAGAAGAUAUAUUAAGGAAUAUGUAACUUGUCAUACGUGUAAAUCCCCGGACACAUUGCUUCAGAAAGAGGAACGUUUGUUUUUCUUACAAUGUGAAACAUGUGGAUCCAGAUGCUCCGUGGCCAGUAUCAAAUCAGGUUUCCAGGCCGUUACAGGACGUAGAGCAGCUAUGCGCGCAAACGCGCAAUAGAAAAAUAUUUCCAACUAGUGCUAAUAUAAUUAUGAUUUAGGAGAGGAGUAUGUGAAAAUCGGGUGUUUUGAUAAAGCGCGGCAGUUCAUGUGUAAUUCCCAGUAUCUAAGUGAUUGAUUGAAAAUAAAAGCUAAUAAACAAAAAACAACAAAUGUACACGUAUCCUUUUAUGGAUUUGGUUCUUUAUAUGACAACAUCAAGGGAUACCCUGGUGAAAGAAACUGACAGAUCUUUUCUGGCCAGUGGUGUCUUUUUUCUGUGAAUUCUGCUUUAUUUUGAUGUUAUUUGUACAAGUUAAAGUUCAGGAAUAGAUCAAAAUAAGGAUUGAGUGGGGACACAAAAAAUCUAAGAUUACCAUGUUAUAUUUAAGGUCUGUAACCUUCAGAAAAUUACUUAGAAUUUAAGAUUACAGUUUGAUUUUUUUUAAGUUCAAAAAUAAUGUUAUUUUAAUAUUUAUUUAUUUCAAAAAGGGAAUGGUUAAAAAUAAAGUUAUUGUUAGUUACUUUUGAUCUUUUUUUAAUGGAAACUUGAGGGAAAUGUUGAAAUCUCACAUUUGAAAGGACAUUUUUA